CCCAGUUGUUGUUCUGGCUGUUAGCGAGAUGCUGACUUUAGUGUUGUUGGUGGUGAUGGCUGCGCUGGUCUCCGCCAGACCCAACUGGAACUCUGGCCGUUCAUGGAAUCACUUCAGGCGCCACUACCCUCACCGCUCUGGUGGCUACUGGGGCGGCUUCGGUUACAACGACUAUUACGGUGGCUUCAAUCAAGGGUUUGGAGGUGGCUUUGAUCAAGGGUUUGGAGGUGGUUUCGAUCAAAGGUUUGGAGGCGACUUCGACGAUUUCGAUCAAGGGUUUGGAGGUGACACCGGCGGCUUCGAUCAAGGGUUUGGAGGUGACAUCGGCGGCUUUGAUCAAGGGUUUGAAGGAGACAUCGGCGGCUUUGAUGUCUUUAAGUAGUGUUCCUCACUCCUAGUUAGCUGUACUACGAUAUUCUAUUGAACAUGAGAGUGGUGCACUGCAGUACAGCUAAGGCAAAUCAUCUUCAAUAGGCCUACCAUGCUAGCCAGGUCCCCCUCAAAACCAACAACAAUGCAUUAAACCAUUUUUAAUACCGUGACAAUGAUUUAAGGUAAUAAUGAUUAAAAAGGUAAUGAACACACACAUAAGAACAUAAGAAUGGAGGAACAUUGCGGUAGGCCUACUGGCCCAUACAAGGCAUGUCCUUCUCUAACCCAACCAUUCCCACCCAACCACUUGUCCAGCCUUCUCCCAAGUACACACACACACAGUGCAGGGGUCAGGAGCUAUUAAUCCACACUAAGGGAGGGACGAGGUUCUUUGAUUACAGUAAAGAACUCUUCUGUUUUUUCCUAUCACUCCUGAUUGCUUACACUUAUUCCACUCCCUAGGCGCUGUAGGAAUUGAAGAAAUCCCUGUUGUAGGAAAUUUCUAUUAAUAAAAUGCUGUAACUCUGUAAUUGUGUCUUUAUAAUCACGUAACAUAAGUUGAUUGGAUAAUUGCGAUUAUCUAGGCUGGAAUAUUGCUGCACACUAACAGCACCUUUCAAGGCAGGUGAAAUUGCGACCUAGAAAAUGUACAGAGAACCUUCACGGCGCGCAUAACGGAGAUAAAACACCUCAAUAAAUAACAAAAAGGCACAAUACCGUGACUGGAACGAUACACAAAUAACCCGCACAUAAAAGAGAGAAGCUUACGACGAUGUUUCGGUCCGACUUGGACCAUUGACAAAGUCAAUGGUCAAUGGUCCAAGUCGGACCGAAACGUCGUCGUAAGCUUCUCUCUUUUAUGUGCGGGUUAUUUGUGUAUAAAACACCUCAAUUACUGGGAGCGCUUGAGGUUCCUAAACCUGUAUUCCCUGGAACGCAGGAGGGAGAGAUACAUGAUUAUAUACACCUGGAAAAUCCUAGAGGGACUAGUACCGAACUUGCACACGAAAAUCACUCACUACGAAAGCAAAAGACUUGGCAGACGAUGCACCAUCCCCCCAAUGAAAAGCAGGGGUGUCACUAGCACGUUAAGAGACCAUACAAUAAGUGUCAGGGGCCCGAGACUGUUCAACUGCCUCCCAGCACACAUAAGGGGGAUUACCAACAGACCCCUGUCAGUCUUCAAGCUGGCACUGGACAAGCACCUAAAGUCAGUUCCUGAUCAGCCGGGCUGUGGCUCGUACGUUGGUUUGCGUGCAGCCAGCAGCAACAGCCUGGUUGAUCAGGCUCUGAUCCACCAGGAGGCCUGGUCACAGACCGGGCCGCGGGGGCGUUGACCCCUGGAACUCUCUCCAGGUAAGCCUACCUACUACACGAGGUCCACUGAGACUGUAUACAACCUGUUCAACACUAGUCAAGGAUACUUCAGUUCGUUAAUCUGUCAUUAAACUUAGUGUAUAUUCACUGAGAGAUAUAACACCUCACGGUGUGUAUAUCCUGGGUCUGGCUGUAGUAAACAUGAUUGUUCUAGACUUAUGCUAUGUAGAUAUCUUUAUUGUUCAUAUAUGCUAUACUUUUUCGUGCAUUGUACUUCAUAUAUUAUAUUCCGUGUAUAAUAUUUCAUGUAUUAUAUUUCAUGUAUUAUAUUUUCGUGAUUUCUCACAUUUCCUUGAUAAUGUGAGAAAUCACGAAAGCACUUGGAUGCUCACCGUUUUUU